GAUAUGUAUUUUGUUUUGAUGAGAAAGACCGUUGACUGCCGGAAACGACCACCGUCCCCUUUCUCUCGUUGCCGUCGUCUGCUCGUCGACUUGAACACCCGAUUCGGAAAGGGAAUCAAGUGCAACAGCAGUGAGCCCUUUGAUACGAUUACGUCGAGGAGCGACUUGGCUAUUGUAUGCCCAGGUGGCGCUGCUGUUGGUGACGCGGCCCCGGGUAAAAGCACUAGCCAGGAGAGAGAAGUGCGCAUUCGUUUGUUAGAUGUUUGGAUGUUGGUGUCUCUGGGGUCCGUGUUCGACUCGAGUGGGACGGAUACUAGGCUUAGCAACAAGCAGCAGAAGCAAACUCAAACUGGAGGUCAGGGCCAGCCCUAUGUGUGCCCUGUUACGAACUACAGUUACUUGACCAUUAGCAAGCAUUGCUAAUUGUUACCGGUUUAGCAACAGUGCAAC